AUGGAUAUACAAGUGAAUAUUUUUUACCCAAGUGGAAAGAAAUCAGCAGUUAUUGUGCUACAGGAGUACAAAAGUAUUUGCAAAGCACUGGUGGAUCAUAGCUCUAACACCGACAAGAUCAUCAUUGAAAAUAUAGCAAAACGCAACGAAUCAGUGUUGAUAAAUAUUGCCAACAGACUGGUAAAAGAGGAAUGCAAGAAAGUGUGCAAAAGAGGUUCUCAGUCCAUUUUGCAAAACAAAGAACAUAAAGAUUUUCUAAAGUUUUCAUGGGAAAAUUUCUAUUAUGAACUUCAAAGUUCCUGUCCUCUCUUACUAUCAACAGUAUCUGCUAUUGUAUGCGACAUACCACCUACCAUUCCAAGCAAGCCCUUCAUGCAUAUAAUGAUAACGGCAGCCAUAGGACUCCAUAGCAGAAGUCAGGAGCUAUCAGUUGUUCAAUACUUAAUUGGAAUGGUUUUAACACAUGGAGGCUGUACCCAAAAGGAUAUACAGUGCCUCUCAACUCUGGGUCUGGCUGUACAUCCACAAACUCUACACAGGAAACUGGCUAGCUGGGAAUCUAGUUUAAGUGAAAAUCUUCUUCAAAUCAAGGGAGCAUGGGAGAAAGGAGGAAACAGAAAAUAUCAACUUGUUGGCGAUAAUUGGGAUAAAAACAUACUGCCUUCUUAUAGGACAACAGAAAAGGGGACACUUUCUUUGCAUCUGUUCAAUGUGUAUGCUAUAGUAGAUAGAGUCAUUCCCACAUCUACGUCUUCUGAUGUAGGCCUGCAGGAGCACAUGGACUUAUCUUUGCUGACUUUCAUCCCUUCUGUUGAUGAACAAGCCAUCCUUCUGAAAGAACUUACAUUUAUGUUUGCAUCAACAUUGAUCAAGCAUCACCCAAUGCUGAGAGAUUGUUUUCAAGACAUAUACCCCAAACACCUGAAGCAUAAAUACACCCAGUUUGCAGGACUUAAAACAACACAGUACCCUCUUGGGCUCUUCGAUUGUAACGAGAACAAAACACAAGAAAUUAUUCAACUAAUGAAAACCUUGUCAGACUCGUUUGUUCCAAUGAAAGAUGGAGAUAUAGUAGAACCCGUGUUUUUCGGAGGUGACAGACUCACAGAUGAAAGGGUUAAUGGUGCCCAGUGUGCAAUGAAAAAUGGAGAUUCGCCUAAAGAGAGAUUAGAGGGUUUCAUAUCCAAGAUUGAGGACUUCCACCGUCUUAUGAACUUUUUAGAGGCUAUCCAUAAACUGACAUAUGACACCGGAAGUGGACGUGAACCUUGCACCAUGUACUACUACAGAAACCUUUUGAAUUUAAGAAGUGUAAAGGGACAAGUGAAAAAUUCUUAUAGACCUUAUAAGCAACUGUAUUACACGGUCCUUGAUGCUUUGUGCAUUGUUCAUUUUUUAAGACAUUUUCAACUUGAAGAUCUGGAUUCAAAAAUCCCAUUUCCAGUCAAUUUUAUGCAAAUGAGCAGUGAAGACAAGAUAAACUGGUUGAAUGAAAACUGCAGUACAAUCCUAAGGGAGGAAUUCUUUGAAAAUGAAGAUGACAUUUUCUCUUCCUUGAGGGAAGUGCUACAAAAUCCUGAUCACAAUGAAAACUAUUGGGUGUCAUGUCGUCAUAAUGAAAGAUUUCAUUGUCAUUUUUGUGACAGAAGUUAUGCUUGCUUAGGAUCUCUGAAAGCUCAUGAAGUGAAAGAACACAACUUGGAAGUUAAGGUGCCAAAGAAAACUCAGGGUAAAGAAAAAAGAAAACUGAAGGACUACAUCAGUAUGCUUUUUAAAUUGACAUUGUUACACAGGAACCUAGAUGAUGCAGUUGACAUGGGUGAUGGAGAACGCUGUGUUAGAUCUGCAAAAUAUGAACUUCCCUUGUACCACAAAACUGGAAAAACUAAGUAUACAAUUGGUUCAAUACACUUAACAGCACUUGUCUCAGGGCUACUUACAUCCCAGCAAACAGAGCGUUUGAUAGCUAAUCGUUUUGUGAAUGUGCAAGGAGGAACAAAUAACAAUAUUUCAUUGGACGAAUACUUGGAGAUGCUCAAUAGAGACAGUAAAAUUGCAUGCAAGGGUCACCAGACAAAGGAAAGUAUCCUUAAACAUUCCAAAGAAUACCCACUUCUUGUAGAAAUGACCAAACAUGUUGAAAAAAUUAGCAAUGCUAGUGUGCGCAAGGGCUUCCAUCACCUGCCAUCAUAUGAAGCCGAUGUGAAGAUUGUUUUGAAGGACCUCCUUGACAAAAAUGCUAUUGAGAGUGAAGAAGAAAUAACAAGUAAAAACUUACUCGCAGAGCGAAACCCUUUUGAGAAAAGUGGGUGUCAACUUUCAACCAUGAUUCUAAGACAUAACCCAACAUCACCAUAUUGCAGACUUCAUUUUUAACUGAUUACAUGUAUUUGCUUAAGUAUUUUUCAGAGUGUGACCAGGAAUUUAUAUUUCCUAAGGCUAUAUCUGCCAUACAUUGUGUAAAUACUAGUAGUGUGUAUUUUAGCUUUAUGUGUACUUUGAUUUCUUAAGUUAUAAACUGGAUCAAUUUAACUAAAUGUUACUAACUUGGUUUUCAUAGAUUCUUUGCUUAUGCAGUUCAUGCACUUUGGUUUUAAAAGCAAUGACAAUAAAUUUUUAGUGCUACCCUGCCAUAUGUUGAUAAAAUACAAGUACA